UCUGGUCCUGGUCUGGCUCUGGUCCUGGUCCGGCUCUGGUCCGGCUCUGGUCCUGGUCCUGGUCCGGCUCUGGUCUGGCUCUGGUCCUGGUCCGGCUCUGGUCCGGCUCUGGUCCUGGUCCGGCUCUGGUCCUGGUCCGGCUCUGGUCCGGCUCUGGUCCUGGUCUGGCUCUGGGGGUCCAGAUGAAUCCUCCAUCCCAACAAUCAUGUGACCCUGCAGAUUGAGAACUGAUCCAGAUCCUCUGCUGGACUCCGAGUCCUGAAUGAACCGGAUCUGUUUCAGUGGAGAAACCCGCAACAGGCGCUCACUGAGGCCAGCAGAUUAACUCAUGGGAUUACCUCUGCUCAGAGACCGCCACCUGGCUCCCCUCUCAUUGGACGAGGAGCUGAGCCGAGGGAGGAGCCGAGGACAGAGGAGCCGAGGAGAAGAGGACAGAGGAGAAGGAGAAGAGGACAGAGGAGAAGAGGACAGAGGAGCCGAGGAGAAGGAGAAGAGGACGGAGGAGAAGAGGACAGAGGAGAAGAGGACAGAGGAGCCGAGGACAGAGGAGCCGAGGACAAGAGGACAGAGGAGCCGAGGACAGAGGAGCCGAGGACAAGAGGACGGAGGAGAAGAGGAAGGAGGAGAAGUCUUCUGAGAAAUGUCCGGACGCUUUAAGCCACCUUGGAGCGACCCGGUCCUCGUGAGGGGCACCGGCUGCCGCUCUCCGGUCCUCGUGAGGGGGACCGGCUGCCGGUCUCCGGUCCUCGUGAGGGGGACCGGCUGCCGGUCUCUGGUCCUCGUGAGGGGACGGCUGCCGGUCUCCGGUCCUCGUGAGGGGGACCGGCUGCCGGUCUCCGGUCCUCGUGAGGGGGACCGGCUGCCGGUCUCUGGUCCUCGUGAGGGGGACCGGCUGCCGCUCUCGGGUCCUCGUGAGGGGGACCGGCUGCCGCUCUCCGGUCCUCGUGCCGCUCCGCUUCUUCACCGACGACACGCCGCUGCGACUCGGAGCAGGAGGAACGUCUUGUUGCCCAGUGGAGUCCAGCUCUGUACCCAGGAGACGUUGGACCAGGCCGUCGACAACCACCUGAAGUACUUUCACCUCAGAGUGUGCCGGGAGACGGUGUGGGAGGCCUUCAAGAUCUUCUGGGACCGGCUCCCGGAGCGGGACCAGUACCAGGACUGGGUCCGUCGCUGCAUGGACGAGUCCGUCAGCGUCCAGGACAUCGGACACUUCUUCAGCCAAUCAGAGGAACACUACAGCCUCAUCAGGAGUAGAGCGGCCUCGGCUCCGGAGAGCAACAGCGUGGCCCCGCCCCCAUGCAGCUCUGAGACGGCUUCACCAGAGGAGGAGGAUGUCGUCGCCAGAUCGGACACAAUCCCAACAAAUGAAGAUGACCUGGCCUUUGAGGUCACCGCUUUGGCCUCUACACUUUCUGCAACCGCUGGGACCGAUCAAGAUCCUGCACCAUCCAGGACCAAGAUCCAAGUGGAUUUGACCUCUGAGUCUCCGGUUGUUGCCGUGCCAGAGGACCGCAACGACAUCCAGGGGACUGGAAGAGGCGUUGCUUCAGAAAGCCGACCUUUGAUCAUCGCUGGAACUCUAAAGUCUGAAGAAGUAGAUGUUGAGAACAUUGCAGAGGAAACUGUGGAGUUUGCUGCCUCGGUUACCCACAAGCCGUUUGAAGAGAUCGUUGAGGAAAAUACAGCUGGAACAGAAGAGGAGGUCGAGGUCUUUCCUGGACAUGUGGAUGUACCUGCAACGACUGAGGUGAUUCACAAAGUCAGCCAAGAAGGUGAGGAGCCACCCUCAGAGGCCGUGGCUGAAGUGGUCCUCACAGAGGCUACCGUUGUGGGUUUCACUGAGCCCACUACAGCACCUGCUGCAGAAGGUGCCACAACAGAGGCUUUAGGGCUUGAAGAGCCUGCAGCGCCAUCAGAAGUGACCGAGCAAACGCCAGAGACCGCAUUUAAGGUCAGCGAGGAAAUUCCAGACAAUUCUUUGGACGCCACAGCAGACUUGUCCUUGAAGGAGGACGCUACGGAUUCACCAGAGCCCACUGAUCCAAUAGUACCAGAUACACAUGAAGUAGCUGAGGUGGUUAUUCUUGAAGAACCUGAAGAUGACCGAUCGAAACCACCUGUAGAACAUUCUUUAGAGGACAUUUUGGAUGUUGAUGAAAUCGGCCCAGAUGAAACUUCAACUGUGUUUGUGUUCACGGACUCAGAAGAAGAGAUCUUUACAAACGUGACUCCAGUCUUGGAAAUGGAGGUUCCUUCCCAGGCUUCUCUUCUGACCACAGUAGAAGUUAUUAAAGAAGGUGGAGACACACCGACAGUCAUGGUUGAGGUCACUUCUGAACCUGUUGUUGUGAUUUUACAAGGUAACCAGGAUGAAGACACCUCCUACGUCACAGAGGAGGUUCCACCCCAUACCACAGUUGACGAGACAGACAAAGGACGAAUGGUUGAGGCAGCAGAAAAAGACAAAGUUCAACAUGAAGAAGACCCGGUUGUUCUUGAAGAUGAGACAACUGAGUCCACUCAGGUGAAAACAACAGAGACUGAUAUAAAUGAGCUAAAUAUAGAAGAACUACAAGCUCCCACCGAAGAGGCAACAGAUACUAAAGAGGAGGAAGUAGAAGCUCCGGUACGCGUCUCAGAAGAACCAGAUAAAGCUACAGUAGAACGGGAAGAACGGACAGAAGAGACGACUAAAGGUGCAGAAACACCUGGAGACCAAGAAGGAACUAAUCUAACAGAAACUGGACAAGGACCUGUUUUAGAAACUGAACAAAUGGCAGAACCUAUUGGAAAUGCUGAACCAGAAGCAGCACCUGCAGAAGCAACUGCUGAAGAAGCCGAACCCAAAGGAGAGCAAGAACAAGAAGUGGAACACGAGGAGAAGGAACCUGCACAAGAAGCCCAACCUGAAGUGUUGACUGAUGAGGAUCAAACACCAGAAACAGCUGGAGGGGAACCUCUGGAGGAUACAGAAGAGGCAACAUCUGAGUCCUCCGUGGAGACAUCAGAGGAAGUCGGUGUUGCAGAAGCAGAAAUUGCUGAGGAAGUCAAUCCCGAGACUUUUGAAGAAACUACCCCAGAGUUCAGUGAAGAGAUCACUCCAGUUUCUGUUCCAGAAGAUACAGAGCAUGUACUGGCCGCGACUGAAGUGGAGGAAACACCUGAUCCAGAGGUAACUGUGGAACUUCUAGAAGACCCUGAGGUAGAAGCACUACCAGAAACCACCAGGAAGAGUACUACACAGGUGGUUGAGCCUGCAAGUGAAGGUCCAGAGUCGGAAUCGUUCCAAGAGGCACGGAAUGAAACGUCUCCAGAAGUUGUGACUUAUGACCAUUCACGGAUUAUUACCACAGGGGGAGGAGGAACCGAGCCAGAGGAGGGCAGCCAUAAGGUUCCCGAUGAGCCUGUCCUGGAGGACGGCGUCCAAGUCGAGGAAGUUGAGGGUAUCUCUGAGCCUCCAGUAGAAGUCACAUCUGAGGCUGUGGCUCCAGAAAAGCCACAAGACACUCUGGAGAUGACAACCAAGUAUAUAUUGGAGUACAACAACGGCAACUUCCCCGAUCUGAGCGAGACGCCUCGCGACGUCGACGAGGGAAGACAUGACUUUGAGAGCUCUAUCGGUAACGAGAUCGACGCCGCCGUGCCGUGGUCCUCGUCGCCCCAGAAGGACCAGGUGGUGGAGCUCCGCAUCAAGCUGAGAGGAGAGACCUUCACCGACGCUCUGAGGGACCCGAGCAGCUUCCAGCACCAGCAACUGGCCCAACACUUCACCCGCAGGAUGCAAGACGUCUUGGAGAGGCUGCCGGGCCUCAGGAACGUCUUUGUGGUUGAAUUCAGGCCUCAGAAGGACCUGGACAGGGGUCUGGUGGUCCUGGUCCACUACGCCAUCACCCUGGAGGUGGACAGCAGCAGUGGCGUCGCGAACGACACGCUGGACUUUAUCUCUCUGCAGAACAACCUGGUGGAGAAGAAUGACCCCGGAGCCCUGCACAAGGACCCCGCCAUGAGCAGCCUGGAGCCGCAGCCCGGGGCCCUGCAGCAGGACAACGUGGAGAACUUGCUUCCUGCUUUGAAACCGACAAGUGGACCGGCCGACAUCUCUGACAACAUGGAAAACGUCCUCGCUGCAGAGAAGCCUCGCGAUGCUCCGAGCCACGAGGUCGACCUCAACAAAGACGGCUUCCUGUUCGACCCCUUCUACCAGCAGAAAGACCCACAGCGCCCCCUGGUGAGCGAGAACGAUGUCUUCGUGAUCGACGAGAGCACGAGUCCUCCGGCCGCUGCAGAGGUCCCUGAGAAGACCUUCGACCUGCAGAAAGAGAAUGAGGGAAAUAUUGAAGAAGAGGAAUUCCUUCUGAGUACCGCUGCUGCUGGAGACCAGGGGAGUCCUGGAGGAUCUGUCCCCCCCCCACUGCCGGGAAAACCAAAUGCGGGCUCCGAGGUCACACUGGACGAAGGAUCUGGUUCUGGUUCCUCCGGAGAGGGACAGGGAGCUGAUCACCGGUCCUGGCCUUCGACAGCGUCCUCUGACCCGAUCCGUCAGGAGGUGCUACCGCCGCCGGAUCUGGAGGAGACCGAGGACAAAGAAGAGGACGAGGAAACGCUUGGUGUGGAGUUGGCCACCACUGAGUAUGAGGAUGUAACAGCGAUGGAAGUUGCUGUCAUCAAAGCUCCCCCUUUGAGGAAAGCUCCUGCUUUCGAAGAAUCAUUGCUGGAUGGAGGCAUUGAGGAUAUGUUCUCGGAGCAGGUUUUGGUGACGCCCCACAUCAGCACAGAUCCUCGGCACUCAACCACCACCAAAGCACCGGUGUUCUCCCCCAAAGGAACCAUGACUGUUGAACUGUCAGUGGGAAAAUCUGGUGUCUAUGAUGACUACUCCUUGACCAGACCGCAUACCCUUGUGGCUCCAGUCUCAGGUUCUCCUGAGCCUGAACUCUGGACUCGCGAGGCCCCUGUCUUUACAGGUCCAACUGAUUCGGCAGUCAAGCUUCUAGAAACCACUGAAGAUGUGGAAGCAGCAGCAGAACCUCCUGCUGCUACAGUUGGCUCUGAAUCAGAGAAAGAUCAACCCAAUGAAGAAGAGGUUGAAGUCCCAGAUACUGAAGAAGUCCAGUCAGAAUCCAGCUUUGACUUGACCUCCGAAGACCCAGCAGAAAUUCAGAUAUUCACUGAAAAACCAAACCUGCUGCUAUCAGAAACCAAAGACCAGGAUGAGGUUGAGAUUCUCGAGGACCAACACAUCGGGGGAACUGAUCCUGCCACGACGCCAGCGGUUGGUCUCCAAGACAACCAUCUGGUUGUGGAUGAAGUCAUGGUUGUGACGAAAACAACUGCAACUCCAGUCCUCACUUCCUCUGUAAGUCCGGACCACAGUGACAGCAUCGCGCUUUCACCUGAGAAGGACUCACCGUUUACCCGAGUGUCGGAUUCAGCACCGGAGGAUGAGGAACCAGUUCACCAUGAGCACCCAAACCAUGAAGAAGAGUUUUCAAUGAGCACUCCUACUUCAGGUGUUUCUCAUGUUGCACCACCAUCAUCAUCAUAUCAAGGCGAUCUAAAGUCUCCAGGAGCUUCAGUUCAGGAUGAAAACGUGUUGACCCCCCCUGUGAAUACUUCUGAAAGUGAAUCGAGCAGCAAAACCCUCCAAACAACGUCCCCCUUGUUUCAGGAAGUCAACGACGACGCCCCUGUUACCGAGAUCCAACCCUUUGAUCACCAUAUUUCUGAGGUUCCGAGCAUCGAUGUCAGCUUUGACUUGUUCCAGUACGGCGGCGUGGCAACUGAAGGUGACAGCAGCGGAUUCUCCAGUGGAGCUCAGGGGUCAGACACGGACGCCUUCGCCACACCGCCCCGCCCCGGCAGGGCUCUUACGGUGUUCUUCAGCCUCAGGGUGACCAACAUGGCGUUCUCCAUGGACCUCUUCAACAAGAGCUCCCCCGAGUACAAAGCCCUGGAGCAACAGUUCCUCCAACUGCUCGUCCCGCACCUCCAGACCAACCUGAACAACUUCAAGAACCUGGAGAUCCUCAACUUCAGGAAUGGCAGCAUCGUGGUGAACAGCAGGAUGAGGUUCGGUAAGCCAGUUCCCAGAGGGGUCACCAACGUCGUGUACCUCAUCCUGGAGGACUUCGCCAACACGGCAUACCAGACCAUGAACCUGUCCAUUGACAAGUACUCGCUGGACGUGGAAUCAGGUGACCGGGCUGACCCCUGUAAGUUCCAGGCGUGUAACGACUUCUCCAGGUGUCUGGUGAACCGGUGGUCCGGAGAGGCCGAGUGUGUUUGUGACGCCGGCUACCUGAGCGUGGACGGCCUGCCGUGUCAGAGCGCCUGUGAGGCGCAGCCCGACUUCUGCCUCAACGACGGCAAAUGUGACGUCGUCCCCGGCAAAGGCGCCAUCUGCAGGUGUCGGGUGGGAGAGAACUGGUGGUACCGCGGCGAGCACUGCGAGGAGUACGUCUCCGAGCCGCUGGUGGUCGGCAUCGCCGUGGCCUCUGUGGCCGGCUUCCUGUUGGUGGCGUCCGGGGUGGCCUUGUUCCUGGCGAGGACGCUGCGAGAGCAGUCUGAUGGCGGAGACACGGAGGACCCGCUCCGAUGGGGAGAAAGCACGGCGGCGCCGGAGCGAGCCCACACGGCCAACCCUGCGUUUCAGAGCGACCCGGUCAGCGCCCAGUCCUACCGGCGCCACGAGGACGCGCCGCAGGACGCCGGCUCCAGAGACCGGGACGUCACGCUCGGCAAGCAGGAGAUCCAGGAGCGUGUGAGGAUCAUCGAGUUGUGCACCAGGGAUCAGCAUUCUGCAGACUUUGUGCAACAGACUCAAGUAUUUCUGCCUUCAUCUUCUGGUCUACUCACCCGGAGGUGACAAAACGUUUGGGAGUUUAUCUUGGACACUCUCCAGUUCUGAACUUUGACCUCUGCAGGGUCGCCGGUCCAUCUCACCGUCACCUGUAACCCCUUUGUUGUUUUUAACCCUUUGGUCUCUGCUCACUGCUCUUCCUCAUUCCCACUGAGAAGCUCUCGUCCCAAAGGGCUUCUGUUGGACCUGCAGCUCCAGACACCUCGCUGGAGGUCGUUGGCUGUCAUUGGCGGUCGUUAGCGGUAAAAAGCAAAAUACAUGAAUGAAAAUAUUGGUGUCAAAUAAAUAAAAAGUACCGAGAAGAACGCCAAUAAAAAUGUCUUUACUUUAAGAA